UUCUCCUCGCCCUCAGUUCUAAAACCCCAAUUCAGCAAAAAAAAAAAAAAUCUCCUUUACAGAAACUCAAGAAACCUCAGUUUUUCCUACAUUUCAUAACCUUAAUUUCUUCAGAUGGGUUUCGAUUUGGGUAUCCAUAUGAAGCUCCAACACUCAACAUUCAUCGUUUAAUCAGUAAUGGGAGAGUAAACCCAGUUUCUCCAACACUCACUCUCCCAAAUCAAUACUCAAUUGCAACUGCUCGUCUGAACCCUGAAUCGCAUGGAGUUAUUUAAACUACUUUGCGGAUCCAAUUCUAGAUACAAUUCGGGAGACAGUUGGUGGGAUUGCUGCUACUUAUUUCUGGCCUGGUUUUGAGCUUCCAUGGAAGAAAAGAAUUCAUCAUCAAUGUCAGGAAGCCAAAGAACACAAUUAGGCGAGAGAAGCGCGGGUGGUCGUCCACCCGUUCCGAAACCUGCACCUUGGCUCGUUUUUCAGCAUGGAAAAGGUAUGAAAUACCAUGCUUUCUAUGAUCCAUGUGAACCUAAUAACAAAACAUGCACCAAAUUUAUACCAGAACUAAGUGGAAAAAUUUAUUGGCAAAAGCCUUGUUUCCAAGGGUGGUUAGUUAUUCUGGAUAUUUUUGAUGAAGAUGCUUGUGCUUGUCAUUGUUUUUUGUGGAAUCCUGUUUCCAUGGAGUCGGUUAAAUUACCUAAUUUGUUUCAAUGGUUAACGGAUUAUCAUUUCUACAAUUGUGUUCUAACUUUACCUAUGAGUAACAAUAUUAAAGAAUCCAUGGUUUACUUCCUCCUCGAGCAUCAUACUACUUCUGAGAACUUACUUGUAUAUAGUCAUCCUGGAGCUAAACAAUGGCAGAGUAAGUGUUUGGAUGAGUAUUACGAAGACCUUAGCCGUUUUGUUCGAUCCUUUCAUUACUUGAAAGGUAAGUUAUACAUUUUAUGUUACUCAGAAUGGCACAUAGAGAUUGAAAUAAAUCAACAACAACAACAUCAUCUAGGACAUGAUCACCAUUAUAACGAUCAAACCCUAUCUGUAAGAAGAUUCCAAGUGAAAAGGUACCCAUAUCUUCAACAUGCCGCAGGAUCUACGACUUCGUUAAUAUCCCAUCAUGUGGAAUCUUUUGAUGAUAUCUUCCGAGUUAAUAUUUUCUUCAGUCUAAGAAAUAUGAAUAAACCUUAUGCACCUGCCUCAAUAUUACAAGUCCUGAAGUUGGAUUUCUCUUUAAUGGCUUGGGUUGAGGUGAGGAGCUUAGGCGAUGAUGUACUGUUCAUUGGAAGACAAACUAGGGCAUUUUGCUCAGCGGCAGAUAUGGCUCUUAAAAGGGGUUGCGUCUUUUACACGUUACCAAAUGAUAAGUCCCUCUACAUUUUUGAAGUAGAAGAUGAUGGUAUUACAGUUGUCUUGCCGUUUUCGAAGCUACCAACGCCAUGGUUCUCUGGGGAUUGGAUAAUGAUUCCUACUCCUGUCAGGAGGAGCGGUGGAAGAAGGGGAAUAGAAAAUUUGUUAGGUAGAGAUGACAAAGAAGAAGAUUAUAAAAUUAUAGAGCUGGCAGAUAAACUGAACAAAGCUUGCAUAGAGGAUUAUUACGAGGAGGCUGGUCAGGAUAUAAUUCAUAAUGGAGGGGAAUUAGAAGAAGUAGAACGAACACCUUGGUCCAUUAUUAGUAAUGACAUUGUGGAGCUGAUAGCUAGUUAUCUGAAUCCAAAGGAUUUCGCACAACUUCGUUCCAUCUGUAGAAGAAAUCGCUCAAUAUUUCCUGAAAUAUACCCGUCAAGAGCAAGUUUGUUUCCUCUGUUGGUUUUUAACUCGUUUGAAGAUAAUACUGGCACCAUCUACAAUUUCCUGGAUCCAAUGCAUAAUGAAAUGUACUCCAUGAAGAAGAAUCUCUCGGAAUUGCUAGCAGGUGCUACAAUUCGUUUUUCAAAGUAUGGUUGGCUGUUGCUAGUGUCGAAUGACAUGAAAACUCCAUUCUUCUACAAUCCGUUCACAAAAGUGAUGAUUCGACUUCCUGAUUUUCCUAAUGUUAACCACAGGUUAUACUUGAGUGGUAUGUCAUUCUCAUCUCCGCCUACUUCUCCAGACUGUGUGGUUUUUGCGAUCGAACAAAUUAUCGGUAAUAUAAUCUCAAUCUACGCCAUUAAAAGAGGAAGCUGUUAUUGGAGGUCUCGUGUCCGUCUAAACUCUGAUGAUUCUUUUGUGCCAUGUUUCAACAAUUCAGUGUUCUUCCAGGGAGAUUUCUUUUGCCUAGAUUACGCUGGAACUUUAGGACGUUGUGUUGUUUAUGAUGAAGACAAGAUCAAUACUCUGGGUUGGGUAGUUUACAGCGAGUCCUUAAAACAGUUUAAUGGAACAUUCCCCAGUUACCUGGUCGAAUGUAAUGGACAACUUUUAACAGUGAAUGUUGGGCGUUUCGGAAAACCAGUUGGAGUGUUUAGUCUGGAUUGGGCGAAGAAGGUCUGGGUCAAAGUUAAAAAUUUGGGGGAAUAUAUGUUGUUCAUCAGCAAUACAUCUAGCUUCUCAGCAAUCGCUCCUCCAAAUAGUCGAAUGGAGAACAAAAUCUACUUCCCGAGGUUACAAAAAGAUGGAAGAGGUUUAUUAUUUUAUUCUCUCGACACAGGUAAGUAUCAUUAUUCUCAUGGAAGGCGAGCACAACAAAGUAAUACUGAUGCUGCUACAGAUUUCUAUGAUGCGAAGGAGAUGUGCAAUAGCACUUGGAUUGAACCUGACUGGUCACAGAGCACUCCAACUACUCAUGAAAAUCACUUCAAUUGGUCUGCUUAAUUAGCUACAACUUUGUGCUUUUUAUUUUCUGUCUUUUUUUUUCCGUUCCUUUGCCUUUCCUUUUAUAGUGUUAUCUGUUGGGAUAUUUAUUUGUGAACUUGAAUAUUGUUAUCCACCUGGGAUUAUUGUGUAACAGCAAAGUUGAGAUAGUUUUUUCCAAGAAUA